AUGGUUUUCAGCGACGCUGACCCCACGUUCAGCAUCUCCUCGCUCCUUAGCCGUUUUGACCCUACGGUGGCAGCUGGAACAAGUUCUUCUGCAGCCUCACGGCCAGUCCCGUCAAGAGUUAACAGCGAUAAGAAGCCCUUGGUUGCUCAGCAGAAUGGCUCUAAAACAACUACAUCUACGACAAGUACAAUACCGUCUUCGAAAACAGAUGUUGGCGGUAUCGUUAAAAAACGCAAAGUAGAUGAUCCUCAACAAAGUUCUAUGGAAAUGUUAAAGCAGCGGGCAGCGCUUCUAGCUAAAGUUAAAAAAACAACCCCGGCUUCCACAACGGCAGCAUCAGCUAGUACUCAUAGGCCAACUGUUUCAAAAAUUACAACUGCUGGUGCACGACCUGGUACCACACGACCUGGCACAAAUUCUGCUGGAAACACGCCAACAGAGACUGUUAAAAAGCCUGGUUAUAAGGAACUCUUGGCUAGGGCAGCCCAGGCCCAAGCAGAGAAGAAGUCGGCUUCAGGAACAAUUACACACAAAGCCCGACCUCAAGUGAAGGAACAACGUGCGUGGCAGAAGAAGCUGGAAGAGCAGAAGGCUGGAAAGUCAGGAGUAGUUGGGAAUGACAGGAAUAGUAAGAGCCCGGGCAUUGCUUCAGGCAAUGAAAAGGGCACUUCUGCCGGGAAAAAGUCCGGCGAAACCGUCAAGACGACAGCUGGGAAGAAAGGCGUCGGAGGUAUUGACAGCCGCAGAUCAUCUGUAGGGAAUAUUCAGGGAGCUGCUGGAAAAGGAAAACUUCCAGAUAGGGGGAAGAAUGGAGGCCCUGUGGAAGCUGGGACGAAAAGAAAGCGUGAAGACACCGGAUAUGGUGGUGGUAGCGGUAGAGCCGGUGGCUUUACAUCUUCCAAAAAAAACAAUGGUAGACGUUACGACACCUACGAGGAGGAUGAAGAAGAUGAUUUCGUUGUUGACGAUGAAGACGACGUGCCCGCACGCGGGCCGAGAUAUGGCGGUGGUGGAUAUGGUGGCGGCGGCAAAAAAUACAUAUACUACGAAUCUGAUUAUGAUUCGGGAAGUGAUAUGGAAGCUGCAGGUAUUGAUGUGCUUGAGGAGGAGGAGCGAAGCAGGAGAGUAGCUAUUCUAGAGGACCAAGCAGAAGAGAAGAGGGAGAAAGAGCUGGCUGCAAAGAAGGCAGCUGCAAAGAAGAAGUUGAUGGCCGCAAAGAUGGCCAAGAAAUAA